ACACUCCACCGCUGACAUAGCUUGACAGCCGGGACUCAGGGAAGUAAGCGUCGUCGUCUCGCCCGGUCCUUAGCUCAUCUAAAUGUCUCAAGAAUCAGAUGAAACUGAUAACUGGGCAAAGCUCACGCCCGACCUUGUCCGCAACAUCGCCGCGCGCCUACAACCAAAUGAAGCCGCGAUUAGCCUGACUGUGCUGAACCGCGACACCGCAGCUGCUCUGCAAGGGAUUGCCAGCUUCACAACCAUCUUCCUACCUAGCUUCAAGCCCAUAGCCACGCGGCCGAAGCUGCGAGUGGCUUGCCGUGACACACCAUGGCCCGGCAACGCAUUCGUGGAGCAUUGGGGUCGCCCCGAGCCCUGGCGCUCGCUGGGCCUACCCCAGCGCCUCCGGCUCCUCUGCCUCGCCGCCUCGAGCCGCCAUGCCGCUAGCUUGGAUGCCGCACUCGCGCACUCGGGGGUGGGGCUAGCCUGCACGGUGUUGGAGGCCGCGGCGGCGGUCGGGGACGCGGCCGCCUGCCGGCGCCUGCUGUUGGAGGGCUGCGACAGCGCCCCAAGCGCGCUGGCGGCGGCGGCGGCCUGCGGACACCUGCACCUCCUGCAGUGGGCCUGGCACGAAAACCUCAGCUACAAGGACAGCUGCAGCCCCAGCCCUGGGCCCGGCUCCGGUUCCGGUUCCGGAUCGGGUACCGGGCGAAAGACACAGCUACAACCACCGCUGUCGCUGCGUCAGGCGUUCGGCUGGCGGCCCGAGGUGAUGGGCGAGCUGGCGGUGGCGGCGGCGGGCGGUGGGCAGGGCUACGUGCUGACGCGGCUGGAGGGCCUGGUGUGGCCGCCCGCGCACCCGCCGCUACUGCCGCUACUGCCGCAACUGCCAACGCAGCUGCCGCAGCCACAGAACUGUCUCUCGUGCGCUGUGCGGUCGGUCGACGGCGGCAGCGGUGGGGGUGGCGGCGGUGGUGGCCGUCAGCGGCGCCCGGUAGCAGCCGGUGGCGGGCAGCAACCUCAGCACCAGCACCACCACAGCUGGUCGUGGUGUGGCAGAAGGGUGAGCGAGGCGGACGGCUGGGCGCAGGCGCGCCGCAGCGUGGCGCGGGCCUUCCUGCCCAUGGCCCUGGCCGCCGCCACACACGGCCACGUCACACUGCUGGACCGCCUACUUCUGCUACAGCCGCCAUCGCAGCACCAGCAGCACCAGCAGCAGCACCAGCAGCAACAGCACCAGCAGCAACAGGGCUCCCAAUGUUACUACGCGGACCAGCUGGCGGGCCUGUCGCCGGGUGACUACGGCGCGCUGCUGUGCGGCAUGGCGGCGGGCUGCCCGGCGGCCGCGCUGCAGCACCACCACAGCGCCUGGGUGCCGCACCGCACCUCACCGCCCGACGACAAGCUGCUGCUGCAGGCGCUGCGCGGCACCUCGCCUGACUGGCGCGCCACGUGUGACUUUCUGUUGGCGCAGGCCAGGCAGGCGGCGGGGGGUGCGGCGGCGGGAGUCGCGGGGGGUACGGUGGCUGAAAUGGUGGGUGCGGGACAGCAAGCGAUGGUGGCGGAGGGGCCGCAGGCGGGGCGGGGGAUGCGAGCGGAGUCGGGCGAGGAGACGGCGGAGGCGCGGCUGGCGCGGGCGGCAGUGUAUGAGCUGGAGCACUACGGCUGCGUGUCGGGCUGGGAGAGCGCAGCCGACCCGGACUUCCCGCAGCGGGUGCGGUACCUGAUGGAUCUUGGCGUGUUGCCGAGUGGCGAAUGGGAGCCGAACGUGGCCACGGCGCUGGCGGCGGCGGGCAACACGGCCGCCCUGAGGCAGCUGCUGGACGAGUGGGGGGAUGCGGGUGCCGAGUACGCGGCCGAGGUGGCGGAGGCGGCGGUAUUGCGAGGCCGCCUCGAGGUAAUGCAGCUGCUGCGAGAGCGCUUUGGACCGGGCAUCUUCACAGCUGGCGACCUGAAGGCAGCUGCAGGUUUAGGUCACUUCCAGGCCCUGAGAUACCUUAUAACGCUGUGGAGGGAUACCGAAGGCGCCGCGGCCGAGAGCGGCGGCGAGGCACCCAGCUGGGAUCAAGUGUUUGGGUUGGCGGCGCGCAGUGGUGCGGGCGUGGAGCUGCUGCGGCUGCUACACGAGGGCUGCGGCGCGGUGGUGGACCUGGGUGCGGUGGCUGCGGGCGGCGGCGAGGCCGCGCUGGAGUGGGCGGUGGGCGAGCUGCGUGCUGCGGGCCAGGACGCGGCUCGGCUCACGCCCGACCAGGUGUAUCACAUGGCGGCCUGCGGCAACCUGGCCACUGCAACCUGGGUGCUGAACCAGCCGCCGGGCCUGCUGCUGGUGCCGCCGCCUUCGCAAUCUUCGCCGCUUCCGCCGCCGCCGCCGUCGGCGCCGGCCAGCCGCUGCAGCGGCUGCGGGCCGCUGCCGCACCCAGCUGACGUGGUGAUGGAGGCGGAUGAGGCCGAGUAUGAGGACGACGUGGAGUGGGGGCGGCCGCGGCUAAGCAACAGCGUGCGGCUGUGGGCGCUGUGGGCUCGCACGGCGGCGGCGCCACGUGGCGCCGGCGGCGCCGCCAGGGCCGGAGCCGCAGGGACGCACGCAGGCGCGCGGCGGCGGCAGGAGGCGGAGUGGACGUUCGAAGAGGAGGAGGAAGAGGAGAAGGGGGGAAAGCAGAAGCAGAUGCAGGCGGAAGGAAAGCACGAGGCAGAGGUGCUGGAGGGGCAGGCGGGGGAGGCGGGUGGGGAGUGGGCCCGGCUGGAGGCGUUCACGGCCUACUACGUGGACUCGCGCUGGGUGCGCUGGUCGGCACACCAGCAGGCGUGGCUGGGGCGGCAGGCGGCGGGGCGUGAAGGAGGCGGGUAGGGGGUGCAAGGCCGGGAAUGGGGCAGCAGCAGAAGAAGGCUGACUGCAACUGCAGGGCUGACUGACCGAACGGGCGUUAAUGGAGGACCAGGUUUCGGGGGCCUGAUCGAGCGGCGGCGGCGGGCAGUUGCAGCACGGAACGACAUGAUAGGUGCGCAAGAGAAAGGGCGGCUGCUUCGCGCUCUAUUACCUCCUGCCCUGUCUCCUGCGGUCCAGCCCCGAUAACGGCCCAAGCUACCAGAGCAGAGCCUGGUGGCAUAGGUUAGGGGUGCAGUAGGGGGUGCAAGGCCGGGAAUGGUGCAGCAGCAGAAGAAGGCUAGCUGCAACACCAGUGCUGACUGUCGCUAAUGGCGUUAGUGCAGUGGCGAUGCUUGCCGACCGAACGGGCGUUGAUGGAGGACCAGGUUUCAGGGGCCUGAUCGA